GAUUCCUAUAACAACACGCCUCGUUCUAGCGAAAUUCAGUAUCUUAAAAUCCCUCAAAACACCAACAUGAAGUUAGCGCUAGCACUGAGCUUGACUCUUUUGUUAUUAGGAGUCUGUUUGGCCGACGGAGACUACCCAGAAGGCAUCUGCACCAUGGAGUACAGCCCCGUUUGCGCUUCCGACGGCAGGACCUACGCCAACGACUGCUCGUUCAAACACCAGCAGAAGAAGGCCCGGAAUCUGAACCUCUUGGGACGCGGUACCUGCGAGCAACUGGCUAGGAGCGGACAAGCGGUACCAGCUCCCGAACUGAUCUUCACAUAUAAAAAGCAAAUUAUAUCACAAUAUCAAACAAGUAGAUAUCUGGAAGCAGAUUUGUUGAAACAGAAAAAAAUGAAGUUAGCGAUUGUGGCAGUUUUUUUCAUCUUGGUGGCAACUUGUGCUGCUGAGACCUCCGACACCCGAGGCUGUAUGUGUCCGAGAAAUUACGAUCCCGUGUGUGCCUCCGAUGGGGAGACCUACUCGAAUCAGUGCCUGUUCGAAUGUGCUCACAAGGUCCACCGGGCCCUGACUGUGGUCAGAGCUGGUACCUGCGAUAACGUCGUGCUCAACAGUAAUCCGGAAUUGAAUAAUAUUAAUUUAUUAGUAUCUGUAAACGCUAGUGCGAAAGCAGACAUGAAGUUAGCAAUUUUGACAGUUUGUGUGCUCUUGGUGGUCUGUUCCACGGUCGAACCAGGCGAAGCUCGUUCUAGAUGUCCCUGUCCGAGGACGUACAUGCCAAUAUGCGCAUCGGAUGGUGAAACUUAUUUAAACAAAUGCCUUUUUAACUGUGCCACGAAGGUGAAGCGUGGACUGAGGAUACUUACAGGAGGACCUUGUGAUAAUUCUGUGUAG